UUUCCGGAGGUGGAGGGAGGCUGCAGGCACUGCGCGCGUCUUUGCUUUUAGCUCUGCACGAUCUGCCCAAUUAGUUUCACUUUCCUUUUCUCGGAAGCCUGGCCCUCACCGUGCGUGGAAAAGCACAGACUUCCUGUUUCGCCCACUGGUAUCUCCCUGCCCUUCUCCUAGUCUCCCAGAAGCCAUCCCCGGCCAGCCCCUGGACCCAGAAGGGGGCAGGAACAGGUAGCAAUCUCAGCAUCCAGGAGAUUCACCAUGACCAGGGCCUUGAAAGAGGCUCUUCUACAGCACUUUAUACAUCAGAAGCUGGAGAUUGCUUAUGCCAUAAACAAGCCAUUUCCCUUCUUCGAAGGCCUCCGAGACAACUUCUUCAUCACCGAGAGACUGUACCAGGAAUCUCUGGAAGCCUGUAGAAAUCUGGUCCCUUUAUCCAGGGUCGUGUACAACAUCCUCACUCAACUGGAGAAUACGUUUAGUCUGUCAUUUCUGCAGAUGUUGUUCAGCCGAAUAAACCUGAGUGAAUACCCCAACUUGAUGACGACUUUCAAGAGCUUCAAAAGGGUUGUCAUUUCCAACGGAGGGUGGAGCAGAAUCUCAACGAUCCCUCUCGAAGCCGCAGCCGACCCAGCAGGAAGUAGCUCCCUCUGGGCGCUGCUGCCGCUGUCCAGCUGCCGACACCCCCCAUCGAGCCGCCCGCCCUGCUCACCCAGCGUCGGCGAGCCCAGAGCACCUGCCCAGCCCAGCGCCGAGAUCCUGCACGAGCAGCCCAGCCCUGCUGGCCUCACCGUGGCUCUCCCCGGAAUCAUCCAGGAAGGAAGGCUCACUCGGGUGUCCAGUGACAACCUGGUCCCCCAAAUAAAAGAUAAAGAAGACACUCAAGAGAUGUCCUGCGCUCCGUCAGGCCCCGUGCCAGUGAUAAGAGAUGAUGCUUCUGAACAAAGUGACCCAGAGGAGCUCCAAGAGGCAUCCAGGGCCCCUCCCAGCAAGAAAGGAAAGAAGAGAAAAAGAAAUAUCUGGUUAACCUCAAAGAAGAGACACCAGAAAAAAAGACUCCCGAGAGGGGCAGCCUUACCUGGGCGUGGAAUCCAAAAGACGCUCCAAGUGGUGGAGCAGGUGACUCACAGGGAGGACGACUCAACCAGGAACACAAUGGUCAUGACAAGAGCAAAAAAGAGAAGGACAGAAUGUGCCCAAACGCCUGCACCAGAGGAGGUCAGUGAUGACGCUUCGGAGAUGGAUGGAGGAAAGAGACCCCAGGAGCCACCCAGCACACCGCCAAGACUCACCCACGGUGAAGAUCCCAUGGAUAAGGGAAGCAAACUGCCUUUGGGAAAAUCUCCUGGGGAAAAACGAAGAAAGAGAAAAAUACAUAGCUGGUCAAGUUCAAAAAAAAGACAGAAAAAAAGUCUCCCAAGAGGAAAACUUGACACUCAGCCCUCUAAGCUUCUCCUGUGGGUAUACAAAGGGUCAGCCUUACCUGGACGCAGAACCCAAGAGAGGCUCCAAGUGGUGGAUCAGGUGACUGAAAGGAAGGACGACUCAACCAGAAGUUUGAAGGUCAUGACACGGGCCCAGAAAACAAGGGCUGAACGUGCCCCAAAGCCUGCACCAAAGGAAAAGAAAAGGAUAAAAGAUGUCUGUUCAAGUGCAACAACAAGUUGUCAGAGAAAUAUUCCCAUAAAAGAAAAACCCAAAGAUGAAACUCUGGAUUUUCACUCUCCUAAACUUCCUGUGACCUGUGGUGAGGCAAAGGGGAUUUUAUAUAAGGAGAAAAUGAAACAAGGCUCCUCAGAGAAGUGUAUUCAGAACGAGAAGGGACUUUGGUUCACACCAAGAGAAUUUGAAAUUGAAGGAAAACGGAAACAAUCGAAGAACUGGAAGCGGAGUGUGCUUUGCAGAGGAAAGACCCUAGAACGGCUGCUGGAGAAAGGACUUUUGCUCUGUCCUCCAAGAAAAAGUCUCAAGAGAGAGCAUAACAUCAGAGACUGUUCUCUGAGUGGCCAACAUGUUUGCCUGGCACGGCGCACAGCGGAUGAGAACAGCUCUGACCCAGGCACGGGCAGCCUCGGGGCCAGCCUAACUCAGCAGGAAAACGCCAGGGAAUGUGAGGUAUGCUGUAGAGGGGGGCCGCUGCUGUGCUGUGACACUUGCCCAAGGGCCUUUCAUGAGGACUGUCACAUCCCACCUGCGGAGGCCGAGAGGAGCCCGUGGAGUUGCACCUUCUGCAGGAUGAAGGAAUCUUCUGGAAGCCGGCAGUGUCUCGGGGAAUCUGGGGUCCUGGCAAGGCAGAUGCAGCCCGAGGAGCAGUUGAAAUGUGAGUUUCUCCUCUUGAAAGCCUACUGUCAUCCACAAAGCUCUUUCUUUAUGGAGACCCCAUGUAAUAUUCGAGAUUACGGUGAGCCCUUUAGGGAAGCCAUGUGGUUGGACCUGGUUAAAGAAAGGCUGGCUGAGAAAGUGUACACAGUGGCCUGGUUUCUACGGGACAUGCGUCUGAUAUUUCGCAACCAUAAAACAUUUUACAAGGCUUCCGACUUUGGUCAGGUAGGACUGGAUUUAGAGGCAGAAUUUGAAAAGGACCUCAAACAAGUGCUUGUUUUUCAUGAAGCCAAUGAGAACAGCUUCCAGGUUCCUCCUUGAUCCUGUUCUGGACGAACUAAGGCGUCCCAACUUCAGGAUCCAGAUGAUGUGGCCCUGGCCAUCCUUAGAUUGCCAACGAGUCUGGAAUGUUAUUGGCUGCCUCUUGACUCAAAUCCAGACCCCUCAGAGCAUUGUCACAUCCUCCACCGCCUUUUAUUGUCUCUUUUUAUAUUUCGCACCUCAAAAAAAUUAAAUAUUUCCUUAAUACUAUUAAAUACCCCAUCACAGUUCAUAUUCUCCCCCAUUGUCUCAUAAAUCUUUUUACAAUUGUUGUUUGAAUUGGGAUCCAAACAGCUUCCACACACUGAAUUUGGCUAAUCUAUAUCUUAAGGCUCUUUUAAUCUGUAAAUUCCCCACUGCCUUUUUUCCUUGCUGUCUACUCUUUGGAUACCCUGGGGUCUUUGUCCUAUAACAUUUUUCAUAUUCUGGAUUUUUCUACAUCCCCUUAGCGGCAUAUUUUUUUCUCCCUGGCGUUUUUUGUAACGUAGAAGUUAGAUCUAGAGGCUUGCUUAGAUUCAGGUUUGGGUGGGUGGGGAGUGGAGGGGUAUUUCGAUUUGGCUUUUUAGUAAAGAGACUUCACAGGGGGAUCUGUGUAUUCGUUUAUAAUGUUAAGAUCAUCCAGCAGGUUCAGGUGUUACCAGCCUGACCCAUCUGUUACACGUCACCCUUUCCCCUAAUGAUUUUAGCAGCCACUGAUGCUCGUUGCCUAAACACAUUUCACUAGGGUUUGCAAAAUGAUGAUUUUUUUUGGCCGCGUUGGGUCUUUGUUGCUGCGCGCUGGUUUUCUCUAGUUGCUGCGAGCGGGCGUUACUCUUCAUUGCGGUGUGCGGGCUUCUCAUUGCGGUGGUUUCUAUUGUUGCGGAGCAUGGGAUCUAGCUGUGCGGGCUCAGUAGUUGCGGCACUCAGCCACUAGAUGCGUGGGCUUCAGUAGUUGCGGCUCACGGGCUCAGUAGCUGUGGCUUGCAGGCUCUAGGGCGCAGGCUCAGUAGUUGUGGCAC